UGACGCCUCUUUUAUAACAAACGCGCUCUGCAGAGACGCGAGCGUAGCGUUUUAGUUUUAGGGGUAGGAAACUGCUCCGACACUUGUCCAAAUCUGCAUAUGCCUUGUAAGUGCCUCUCUACUGGAACUCUAUUCCCACCUUAAUACCCCUCCAUCUAUGUAUGACCUAUCAGCCGCAGGCACUGGGAUCCCCAAACCCGAACCGCUUGCGCAACCGCGCUCCUCUUUAACAAACAGAUGAGCUGACCAUGACCCUCUCGACAGCUUCUAAGAAGGAGAGGAAACAUGCCAGAGAAAGUGGCGGCAUCGCCGCGGCCGUGACAAAGCAAACAGCUGGUAAAUUCGCCAAUGUCACUGUCAAUAACGGUAACGCCAACACCAACAAGGAUAACGUGAAUACAAAUAUCAGCAGCAGCGGAGAUAAUAAGAGCUCAUCUACUUCGGUCGCUUCCACGCCCCCCGUCGACACGCCCGAGAUUAAGCCUUCUUCUGGCCCUGACAAUGUCAACUCUGCUGUCUCCCCUAUGCUGGCUGCUUUGUCCACAACUCCAGCUUCCGUGAGCACAGCACCGAGUAUGAACAAUGACUGGAUGAGGAACGGCAUGGCCGGCUCUCCAGGAAACUUGAUCAGUAUCAUGGGCGAUUCACCUCCUACCCAACCGUCUUCUUACGAGGACUCAGGUCGACUGCAACAAGGAUGGCCUGUACAGCGCCAUUUCAUGAGUCCCUCGCCUUCAUCUCUAUCCCCACCAAACCACAGCCGACGUCCUUUGAGCUUCCAGAUGGACGCCCAAUAUCAAUCUCCAGAAACACCACCUCCGAGUGUUCCCUAUCGACGUAGUUCGGUCAAUUCCCCGUUCCAAGGCUCGAGGAUGGGAAACCAUCCGCCGCUGCCUCAUCAACCCCAGCCACACUUCUAUGGAGUACCAGAUAUCGACCUUAAUAUGACUAACAACUCGGGCAUGAAAGCCGGCGAACGAGGCUAUUUCUUUGGCUUCGACAAGCUACCCGAAUGCCCCGACUUCCCAUUUGGUCCAAGCAACGUCGUCAUCGCGGGGUAUGAAGGUGGUUUGGAUGUGUACGCUGUCAGCAAGAGAGGGCUUGAACCUGUCGCAAGUCUAAAAGGACUACGAGGAGGCGUUCACCAUGCCAAGAUCCUUCCUUGGACGCUUGGCAACAGGAACAAAACCCUGUUCCCUCUUGUGGCGGUGGUAUUGCAUGGACCUGUCCUACCUUCAGCUGCACCUGGCCUCGCACAGGACGAAGGACCAAGCCCCAGACUUGAUGGGGCAGCAAGCCCUCGAUCUGUGUUCACCCACCAGGAUGGCCUCCAGGGGCGACAGACCAUCGACUCAUAUCAAACGUCUGUCGAGGUGUACUCACUCAGGACCAACCAGCUCGUUGAUGUGUUGCUCCAGGCGCCAAAGAUUCCGAUCAACCCUGAAAUCUCCGUCACGAACCCCAUUUUCAGACCUCCUUCGCCCAGUGGCUCCUUCACAAUUCGAGCGGACUCAGGUACAGUUACAGUCUGCUCAGGCGUUACUGGCGAAUGCUGGGUUUACUUGCAAUUAUUGGAAGAUCAAAAUGGUCAUAUUUUUACAUGUGUCGGAAAGAUCUGGACCAGACUUCAGCAAAGCACCCGAGGUGAGGUGCCAGAGGAGGCUGAUAAGACACAGUCUUCAAGCGCGCCACCACGCUCAAAUCCGCAAACACCGAUUCUCGCAGUUAGAGGGCGAUGGAUCGCUUACUGUCCUGCGACGCCUUCGUCACAAGUCUCGUUGAGAGCUCAUGUACCACUUCCCAUUCUCGGCAAAGCACCUGGACUCGCCACUGUGACGCCGCCGCAGCUCCCUUCGUCUUCUGCAUCAGUAGAUCUACCUAUUUCCGAUAGUGUCGUUAAUAAAAUCAUGCGAGAGACGACUCAGGAGCUUAUUCAAGGUGCCAAGUGGGUUGGACAGCAAGGCUUGCAAGCUUGGAAUUCAUACUGGAACAAGUCGUCAACCCCCCAAACACAAACUCAACAAGCCCGCUCGCUUCCUCAGAAUUGGGCUGGUACUCGACCUCCUCGUGGUGACCCGAUCAACUUCCCUCCUACUCAUGGUCCUGCCGGUCCGGUUGGAGCGAAAGAUCCAGGGCUUGUGUCGAUUGUUGAUGCGGAGUCGCUCACUAAUUCAUCUACUAUUCAUCCGAUCACUACGUUCUCGCCGCCUUUGGGCUGCAGUUUUCUUUCAUUUUCGCCAUCAUCUUUGUCCCUGUUCACCGCCAGCAGCAAAGGCGAUGUGCAAACAGUCUGGGAUCUUUUCCGUAUUCAACAUACACGAUCAUCCCCUCUCCAGACCACUGUCACGCCAAAUGCAAGCACAGGACCUCAGGUCCGUCAAAUUGCACAAUUUUCACGAAUGACUGUCGCACGCAUUGUCGAUGUCGCUUGGACCCAAUCGCAGGGAGAGCGGUUAGCUAUGGUGACCGAGCGUGGUACCGUUCAUCUCCUCGAUAUGCCCUCAAGUGCGUUCAUGUGGCCUGCACCUCGUCGUCGUCAGGCUGUUCAAGAGAGUGGCACCGCAACACCAGAGCAGUCGAACACGGCUGUUUCUUUAGCUACCGGAGCUUUUGGUGCAGCCUACCAAGCUGCGAAACCAUUUGUCUCACGACCUCGUCGCAGCAGUGGUAACGUACAAAACGCGACUGGCAACAGCCUAAAAGACUCAGCGGCUAUGGGUGGGCGAGUGAUCGCUGCUAGUAUCAGCAGUUCACUUGGCAAGACAGGAACCGCGAUUAACCAGCUUCGGCACACUGGCGAAAACCGAGUCUCUUUGCCACUUAGUUCAGGCCUUCCUUCGGCAUCCUGCGUGACUUGGGUCAAAAGCAGGAAACAUCAAGGACUCUUUGUGGUUGGAAACGGUCUAGUACGAGGUUUCUCCUGUCGAACUCGCCGAUCUAGCGUACAGGCUGGCAGGCGGGUGACACGGGCUAGCAGGUAUCACGAUUAUAACGUGCCGAUUCUACCCAGCGACUUGGUUGCUCCAGCUGUACGACAGAUGGUUGACCUGGGAGCUCAGGAUGAAAUUCUCGACCUUUCGGACCGUGAUAUGGAUGCAGGAAACACCCUGACACUGAACCCCCGACCUCGUGUUGCGGCAACAGAUCAGACUAUGGAAUCUUCAAUCCCUCAAGCUGAGAUAGAGUCUAGUGCGCCCUACCAACCUUUCCACACGGAUCGACGAGUAACUCUCUGCGAGUACCGGAGAGGAACAGCUGAUCAGCUUGAAGUUGUCUCCGCUAUACUAGCCGAGACAAGUCUAGAGGAAAACACUACUUCCAAGAAAAAGAAGAAGAAGGGGCAACCCAUGGAACCAAAUUCACCUAAAGAAGUCUCAAACACAACGGCUUGGGCUUUUGGCCAGGAUAUUCCAGUGGUUCGACUGGAUUUAGGCUUGCCAACAGUUGCGGAGGAGGAGUACGACGGCCCGGAAGACCAUAUUCCGUUGCCCCCUUCAGCGAUGGAGCGCGUGAUGCAGUACGGCGAUCAGGAGCAGAUCGUGGUGACUACGAGGAGGCGACGUGGAGCUCAAGGUGGAAGCCAAGGUGAGGAUGGCUUUUUUGAGGAUGACUGUGAAGUCCUUGACUUUGCAGAUCAGAGAGUGUGAGAAGAAUUCUCAGACAGACAACGUGCGUCUUGAGGUUGGCGUCUAGGUACUUG